GUUGGAGAGGACUUUGGUGAUUGGAAGUGUGUUCAGCAUCCCCCAGCAAAGAGCCCAAUACCUACUGCUGGCUACCACCGCUACAUUGGUAGCGGAGCAGUGAUCGCUCCAGGUCUAGCAUUUGCUUGCGCUACUUCCCUUGUGCACUUGCUUGGACUUCAAGCCCUACUGGCUGACUUCUUUUACCAGAUCUCUGAAGAGACCUUUUACCAGUUUUCCCUGAAGCAAUGGCAUCGGCAGUCGCUGCCCAACGCCUCAGCGAUAUGCUCCCAGUACUUUGACUUCAAGAGGCGCCCUGGCGAACCGAUGACGGCAUUUCUAGUCCGUGAAUCUCUAGGCUAUGCUGAAUUUGUUGAAUCCCUAGUUCGUCUUGCAGAAGAGAAGAAGGGUUCUAGCUCUGACAAAACUGAAAUCAACGAGCUGACUUUUGCUGACUCCUUUGUUUUAGGCGUUUUGCGAGGUUUUAGAAUUCUUCAAGCUGCUGGUCUCACGCCAGAUGAGCGACGGGUGAUUUUGUCAUCUACACGAGGCUCACUGGAAUUUGAGGAGAUCACUAAAGCACUGCAGACCUUAUGGGACGAACAAUUUGCUGGCCAACGCCAUCAGACUCACCAGGCUCAUUUUCAGGAGUCUUUUGCUGCAGAACGAGAUGAACAUGAAGAUCAGUUUUGGGAAGAUGCCAACUAUGCUGAGGACUGGUCAUACUAUGACUCGUCAUGGGACUGGCCAGAAACUUAUGUUGCAGAGCAAAUUCCUGAAGAACCACAGGAUAAUCCUGAAGAUGAUGCGGCCAUUCGAGAGGCUCAGCAGGCAGAAAAGGUGGCCGAAAGCCUGGCAGUUGAGGCCCAGCGUACUUGGAGUGAGGCACAGCGUGCCACCGCAGCCUUGAGAAAGGACAGAGGCUUUGGUCAACACUCCAUGUCUGGCAACAGUCAGAAGGGCAAGGGCUGCUGGAUUUGUAAUGGUCCGCAUCUCUCACGUGAUUGUCCUGACCGGCAACAUCCACACUAUACCAAGGGCAAGUCCAAGGGCAAAUUUGGCUAUGCUGCAGAGUUUUCACCUUGGGACUACCAGGCCUAUGAUGACUUCUACAUGGGCCGCUCCAAGGGCAAGAAGGGCAAGUCUCACCACUGGCUAGAGUCUCAAGCAUGGCUCAAGGGCAAGGGUCCUCGACAUGCUGGCUCUGGAAAGGGUCCUUUGAGACCACCAGUCAAUGCGUAUCACUCUGAGCUUUUUGUUGGCGGCCUGGAGAUGCUUCGUAGUCCCAAUGAGCUGCAAGCUUCCACAAAGGAGAGUUUGCCUAGCACCCAUGGCCUUCUUGAUUGCGGAGCGACAGCCUCAGCUGGACCGCAAAUUGCGGUAGAAAAGCUGAUUUCUGCUGUCCUGUCCAAAGACAGCCAAGCGCAGAUUGACAUCCGCCAAGGCGAUCGUCCAUAUUUUCGCUUUGGGAAUGGACGGUGGGGCAGGGCACUCUACAAGGUGGAGAUUAACUCCUGUGUCAGUGGUCAGACCCGAAAGUUUGGUUUAUAUGCUCUUCCCAAUCCUGCUGAACUUCAUAGCCCUGACUUUGACAUGAACUCCCUGGUUCCCAUUCUCAUUGGCAUGGAUCAUUUGUCUAGUCCAUCUUCGGCAAUGACCAUCGAUUUCAUGACUGGUUUGGCGUUAGAUUCACAUGAGAUUGAACCCAUGGUUUACCAGUUGGCCUCCAAUCGAAAGGGACACUUUGUUUUGGACAUUGUCUAUUUUCUCACGAAAGUGGGUCCCGAUCUUCGCGACCCCAGAAUGCGUCGUCAUCAGUGGCCGUGCUACGGCAACCAUCAAGCAGCGAAGCCAAAGGCCAAUCCCUUUGGACAGUGGAUACAGUGCCGUGUAUGCAAUCUCAGGUUGGAGUACACGCCCCGUCGGGGAGCGACGGCUCAAGCAACAAAAGCGGAGAACGAGCACCAAGUGAUCCGUAUGUUGCAGGAGCUGGAGACUAUGCUGGACGGAGUCCCACCAUCUGCGGAACUUUGCCUGGCUAUGCAGAAGAAAGUGGACGCGGAGACUCAGUUGGAGAUCAUGGUGGGCAAGCAUCUUUCAAGCUUGAAGGCCAAACCUUCCAGCACACAGUCCAAGGCCAAGGCGAAGGCCAAGGCCUAUCCGGUGUCAACCUCAAUUGCGACACCUACGCACAUGGUGGAGGAGCAGGAGGAGAUGGCCAACUUGGCACACGACCUCCACAACUUCCUGACUGCCGAGGAGAUGGAUCACGUGCGAACUUUGGUGGCAAAUCGUCAGGCGGCGAUCAACAUGGAGUUCGGCGUGAUGAACCCCGAGGAGGAGCAAGUGGUGGAGGAGGCCGAGUGGGUCGUUCAACGAUGGCGAUGGCUCUACAUCAUCUACCCGGCCGAUGGCUUCGAAGAGAUCUUCUAUGACAUCACCACCAACUAUAACCUCGACGUCUUCCUCUUUGACUUCGACAUCAUCAUCGAGCUCUACGCCCUUGACGAGAUCUAUGGCUGCCAAGGUUCUGCUGAUGGCUACAACCUUGCUGACCUCUAUGGCCUCUGCGGUCUGCGACCACGACGCAUCAAUCUGCAUCAAGGCUUUGAUGUGUACAAGGACAAGACAUGGGCUCAUCUUCGAGAACUUCGGCGUCAACACAAACCCAAGCGACUUUGGUUUUCCUUGCGAUGCACAAUGUGGUGUCAGUGGACGUACAUCAACUACAGCAAUCCGGAGAAGAAGAUUCUCUUGGCUGCAUAUCGUCGCAAGGAGAUUAGAAUGCUUUGGAACGCCGUGCACUUCAUCGAGAACACUCUGAAGGAGGACCCCGACAUCGACAUCUACUGGGAAUGGCCGUGGCCUUGCAUUGGCUGGGGCCAAGGUCCUCUUCUUCGUCUUCAACAAGUUCUACAUGCUCAUGGUCGUGAAUGGCUGCCAUGUCGAAUUGAUGGCUGCAAUUAUGGUCUUCGGGCCAAUGAUGGCGCUGGUGAUUUUUUGAGGAAGCAGUGGAUGGUUCGCACUACAAGCUCAACAUUUCACCAGAAGUUCAAGACCAAGACCUGUCCUGGCGGUCAUCGACAUAGUCAUGCGAUUGCCAAUGCAUGGCGACAAGAACUCCUAUCAGAUCGCAAUCAACGACUUCUUUUUGCCGUUGAUGAUCAACCAUCUAUGGUCUCCAUCGAGGAGGAGCUGAACGUCCUUGAAGAGGGCGAUGGCAAUCUCUUUCCAGUUCAACAACCUCUUGGCUCUGUUGAGCCUAACCCUGAUGAGCUGGAGCAAUGGAAGACAAGAGUCUCCCACUUUCACAAGGCGGCGGGACAUCCCACCAACCGAAACUUAGCGAGGGUCAUCAAAGAUUCAGGAGCACCUGAUUGGAAAGUCCGUGUAGCCCUGGAGCACUCAUGUGAGACCUGCAAGUCCUUGAAGGCUGGCAGUCUUUCCUCAGGCCAAGUACCACCAGCGGCAACUCAUGCCCUGCCGAAGGCGUGGCAAGUGAUAGGCCUAGAUGCUUUUGAGUGGACAGUUCCUGGCCUAAAGAAGAAGGCCAGAUUUCUCCUGAUCAUUGACCUCGCUACCAAGCUGAGAUCAGCGGUUUUGAUCCGCACAUACCCCGACAACACCAUGCAUGGGGAGUCCAGUGAGGAGGUGAUUCAAGCUUUGGUUUCUGGUUGGUUAGCUCACUAUCCCAAACCCGAGAUCAUCAUUCCUGACAAUGCCUCAAGUUUUGCAUCUGCUUAUUUUCAUGAAUUUGUGCUGGCCCAAGGUAUAAGACUUCAUUUUCCUCCGGAGAAGGAACCGUGGAGUCACGGCAUUGUGGAAGCGGCUGGUAAGGAUGUGAAGCAUGUGGCAACGGCGAUUCAGACUGAGUCGUUGGACAACACUCCAGAAAUGACUCUUGCUUUGGCAUGUUCAGCUUUGAACUCAACAGAAUACACUGCAUGUUUUUCAGCGCAUCAAUGGGCUUUUGGUUCUCAUUAUUCUAUUUCUGAUGAAGAUGUGCGACUUUGGCAGGCUGUGGAUCCUUCCAAAGAGUUCGUCAAUGUGGCCAAGGCCCGACAAGAUGCUGAAGAAAUAGCCCGACAGUCUCGUGCCAAGCGAGUUCUGAGCAAGUUGUCCAACACCACGGUGAGACAACCCCUGAGGAAAUUCUCCAUUACUGACCUCGUCAUGGUUUGGCGACGUGUCCAGACUGGGGAACACCACCAAGGCAACAGAGGUGGCCUCAAGAAGUCCAGUCGUCCACAUUGGGCUGGUCCUGGCAGAGUUGUCUUUGCUGAAGCUAUACCACACCAAGAAGGUGAUGACACCAGAGAGCACAUCAUUUGGGUUUUGAUGGGUCGAAAGCUCUGGCGAUGCUCAGCGCAUUCAGUACGGCCUGUCAAUGAGACCGAGCGUCUGCAACAUGAGCUCUUUGAGAAGAAUGACCCGACACAAUGGCGCACUUUGGCAGACAUGCUACCUCAGAAAGAGUUCAUUGACGUCACAGCCGAGAUCCCAUCACCUGAUGAGCUCGAGAUACCAGACUUGCCAACGGCACUGAUGCAACUACGUAUGCUCCAAUCCGACGAGCCAGAGGCAAACAAACACUGGCUGAUGCGGAUUAUCGACAAGUUCAUCGCAGCUCACCACUUGGACUUCGCCAAGACGUACCUGCACCACAUCAUUUUGUACCUCUUGCAACUGGCUCGGCAUCUCAGCCAAGUGUGA